AUGGAUGCCAUAACGGUUGGUUUUUUCAUGGUGGCCAGUAUUCUGGUUGUCGGGUUAAUGCUAUUCAUGUUCAAAUCAUUUGGGAAGGAAAAGGAUCUUGAAGAAGUGUAUAGUGCAAACACUUUACGUUUGUUCGUGGAAGGGAAGCCGACAAAAACAAAACCGUCAAAAACUGGCAAGAAAAACCGAUCGACCGGUGAAAAGAAAAAAGAAUUAGUUGUAGAAAAAGAGCUAGUAAGACAUGAGAAAAAAGUAGAAGAAUUCACUGUUUCUCAGCAAGGUUCGAUAACAACGGAGGAGACUAAACCACUUGUCAGCGAGAUAAAACAGCAGAAGAAGAGGGGGAAGAAGCACACUACAGAGGAAGCUUCGAGACCACGGGAUCUUCCGGAACAGGCUCAAACUGAGGAAGAAUUAGGAGUUGAAAAACCAGUUGAGAAGAGGGCUUUACAGGACGAACAUACAGAAGUUACUGAAAGGAAAGGCAGGAAGAGGAAGUCGCAAAAAUUGGAAGAGGUAGGGCUUCGAGUGGCAGCUGUUCAAUCGGAAGAUAGUGUUUCAGCAGCUGAAAUUCCUGCUCAAACAACAGAGGGGAAGACUGAACAAAUAAAAGUGUUGAAAAACAAGAGUAAGUUUAAGAAUUACGAAUUAUCUCUAGCCCCUCUUUUCAAAGCAUUUGGGACACUCAGGGGUCUUAAUUUUAAAUUCAUUCCAGUUUCAACUCCAAGUCUUCAUAAGGAAAUCAAUGAGGAAUCUUGCCUUGAUCAUUUGAAUGGAGUUGGAGUUGUGGGUGCUGAGUACCUUGCAUUUAUUGAAAAAUACUUCGCAGACAAUAAUGCCGAGAAAAUGAAGCUUACCGAGGAAUUAGGGCUGAUAAAAAAGCAGAGUGCAGAUAGAGAAAAAUUGGUUGCUCAGUGUUCAGAAAAGUUAGCGGUGUCAGUUAGGCAGGAGGCAGAAAUUGAAAAGUUAAGACACUUACUUGAUGAAGAAAAGAAAAAGUAUGAAAAUGAGAAAAACAAUGCCACGAUGUUUGAAAGAACCGUAAGCAGUCAACUUGCUCAAAGUGUUCAGGAACGAAAACAGAUGCAACAAGUUCUGGAAAAACAAGCCGGAGAAAUUAAUACUUUGACGCAGGAGCUAAGAAAAGCAAAUGCUGCAGUUCAUGCUGCACCUCCUCUCGACGUUGUGAAGCAGGCAGAGCUGUUAAGAAAUGAAGCCAACUCUUUGAAACGUGAUGUACAGCAACGCGAAUCAGAAAUGAAACAGAAGGACCAGGUUAUUGAACAGCUCAUGAGUGAAACAAAAGAGCAGAAGAGAAAAAUUGAAGUUUUAACCCAGUCCAAUAGUUUGGCGGCACAACGAACUAAAGAUAUUGAGGCUCAGGCAGAAAAUGCACGAAGAACUUUUGAAGAGAAAUUGCAGCAUGCUGAUAAAACUGCAAAUACUUUAAAAACAGCUAUGGAAGAGAAAAUUGAAUUGAUGGAAAGGAUGAUUGACAAGGAAAGACGCCGUAGUGCUGAAUUGGAGAACCAAGUGCAUCUUAUGGAGGAAAACAUGAAGGGGAACAAGUUGGAGGGGGAGAGGUUGCUAAAAGAGAGUUUGCACUACCAGUCCGAGAUUGUUUUGGAGAACAUGGCGCUGGAGAUAAAGGAACUUGAAAAAAAAAAUGAAGAAAAUAAAGCUGUUAUGUCUUUAAAGUUAAAAGAGGCUAAUGGAAAAAUUGCCGAAUUAAGUGAGGCUAAUAUAAAAUUGGAGGAUGCACGCUCUUCGUUACAGGGAAAGAUUGCUGCUGCUAAUGAGCGCGAAAAUUUACUCCAACUCAAGUUAGAAGAAGAGUCUAAAAAGCAUGAAGAUGCUGUCAAGGCUGCGAUUUCUGCGAAGGAAGAAAGAAUUAAUCGACCUCUCAGAUUUUAUGAAAUAUCAAAAUUACAGGGUGGCUUUUAUGGUAUUAUAAGCGCUUCUGCAAGUGCCAGCGGUUUGGUUUUUCCUUAUACAUUCUAA